CUUUUGUCUGCGAGGCAGUGUUGGUGCUUCCCCAGCGCCCUGCAGAGCAGGGUCAUAAAUACGACCGUCACUCUCGUGUCUCUGCCCUUCUCCUUUGUCCUUUUGGCAGCAAACCGAAACUCCCGAGUCACAACAGCAGACAUGGCUCCUCGACGCGGCGGUGGUUAUGGUGGCGGCGGCGGCUCAAGCGUCUCCUGCAGCGAUAGCGCUUUCAGCUGGGAGGGUUCGCGAGUCACGAUUGCCUUUCACGCACUGUUCUUCCUUGUCGCUCUCGUGCUCUCAAUCAUCGGGUCCAGCAAGGCCAAGCGCGCAAAACAGAAUGGGCGGCCCCUCGUCGCCUGGCCGUGGCUCUACACUUCUAUCGUCUUUGCCAUCUUCGUAUACAUCAUCUCGAUCAUCCUCCUGGUCCUCUCCGAGUGCGCAAUCUCCUAUUCGGACGAGAUCUACCCCGGAUACAUUGUCAGCAACUGGCUCUCCGAAAUCUUCUUCUUCAUCCUCAACGCCGUGAUCCUCACCUCCUUCUCCAAGAAACUCCACACCGACUUCGGGCAGGGGCCCGCGACCCUACUGGGUGUGCAGAAGGGUUACGUUGUGCUACUCCUCGUCCUCAUGGUGACAGCCUGCUCCCUCGAAACGGCGUACCUUGUCCUCGGCAACUCGGAUGAUUACUCGGAUCGCCGGAAAAUAUACGACCUCGUUGAGCCACGGAAAGGGAUUUGGACGACGUACUAUACUCUGUCUGUUCUGGGGAUCCUCAUCGCCUCCGGGACAAUUGUCAAGAGUGUCUUUGGCGGAGCUGGGUUUUCGCGUCCGAGGAAACUCACCAGCUGGGUCUCCGCCCUCCUCAUCGGCGCCCUGGGCUUCAACCUCACCCAACUCGGCGGCUACGUCAACGUCAUGUUCAAAAACACCGCAUCCCUCUCCAGCUCCGAGAUUGUGGAUCUCCAGCGGUCCCAGCAGGCCGUCUACUUCCUCAUCUCGUUCUUCUACUUUGUCGCCUUCUACGCUGCACUCGAGGUCGGCGCGUUCGGUGCGCAAACGCCGGCGGCAAACCCAGCCUACGCUGCUCCUGGGGUCGCGCAGUCGCAUAACCCGGUCUACCCGCAGCAUCAGCAGCAGGGGUUUAACUCGGGGUAUCAUUCGGGGUUCUCGAGUAACCCUGGCCCGCAGUAUCCAGGGCAGGAGACGGCGUAUCAGAGUAAUAACGUUGAGUACCGGGUGCGGUAGUCAUGUCAUUGUCUCGUGCACAAAUUAGUAGGGUGUGGGGAUGUUUAUGUUAUUUUCUUUUUUUUGUUCGAUUCCCAUGAAGCGUUCAGUCGCGAUACCUUUUUUCCUAUUCUGUCCUAACGACUUGACAUGUGAUGCUCAUGUCAUGGCAGUCUCCUCAAUCAUGUAUCUACCAAGAAAUAUUCUCGACACAUGGCAGAUUUGUAUAGAUCCCCCCCUUCAUCCUCGUCCUUCCCCCUCCCAUUGGCCAGAUUCGAACAAAACCGAGCGGAUCCUGUUAUAUGUUCGGUUCGGCAAUCUCGUGCGAAUACCA